AUGGAACCAUUUGUUAAUAUAUUUUUUGCGAUAGAUGAGCAACAAAAUGAGACAAUUACAAGAGAUGAAUUGAGACGUUAUGUAAAGCACAAUCAUCUGGAUGAAGGGAUGAUAACGAGAUGGCAAGCAUUAUUUGAUCCAACAAAUACUGGUAUUAUAACAUUUCAAAAAUUUUGUGAUGUCCUCGGUGUAAAACCGGAACAAGCACGUACUCUUCGGAAGAGUGUUGUCAAUAACCGACCACUGCCGAAAGAUUUACAAAUAAUCUCCCAAAAUAUGUCACCAGAAGAUCAAUUCCAAAUAUUUGAAUUUGUUCGAUCACUGUUAGAUAAAAAUUUAUCAGGUCAAGAUAUGACACAAAUGAUAAAACAAUGGCUUGAUAAGACAUUCGACCCUUCAUGGCAUGUUGUUAUAAUCGAUGGUUCAUAUUGGAUAUCGUAUUCACAUUUACCUGAACAAUCUCUACAAUUUCGAUUGAAAGAAAAGUGUUAUUUAGUUUGGCGCACGCCUAAAUAUUGACAUUGAAUCAACAAAAUUAUGAUAAUUGCAGUUACGUAACGAGUAUUUAUUCGUAAUUGAAUUUUGUUUACCCAUAUUGUUGUUUAACCAACUGCAUAUAUAUACAUAUAUAUAUCGACCCAAAUGUCAAACUAUCGUUUACUUUAUUAAGUGUUCA